UUUUGAAACCCAAUAACCGGAACAAGGUGUAUUGUUCUGGAAAGAGGAAAACAUUCGUAAAGAAAGCUCAACUCGUCUCGCUUAUUCUCAAACUUCUGUGUCCUGAAGGUGUUUCGCUGUCGGACUGAAUAGUCCUCAGGUUUGUUGACAGACGGAAUCAUUAGACGGUGGGAUGGCGUCGCCGCUGGAGAUGACAGAGAUGUACGACAACGCUUUGCUGGGGAUCCUCCAGCACGUUGGGAACAUUCAGGACUUUCUGCAGAUCUACUUUGGCUUUUUAUACCGAAAGACGGACUUUUACCGGCUGCUGUCUGGUCCUAACGACAGGAUGGGCUUCCCCCCAGGAGUGGCGGAGAAGAUGGUGCUCAAGACAUUUGGGUUGUUUGAGAAGCUGGCCGAACACGACAGAGAGCGAGCGCUGACCGAGCAGCGAAAGAGGGAGGCGAGCUCGCGUGCUCCCCUUGCUGCCCAGGAGGUAGAGGUGUCCUCUGAGCUCUGCCAGGCCACCGAGGAGAAGAGCGGCGCGGAGCCGUCGCGCACUGAGAGCGCUUCCUCUGACGUGGGCGAAGUUUCCGGUCCUGCAGCCUCUGAAGAUUCUGGGAGAUCGCAAGCUGCCUGCAGCGGACCAGGAGGUGAGGAAGGACAGGCAGCGGCUAACCGUACAGCAGCAGCAGCAGAAGAAGACAGACCUCAGAAUGAGUUCCAGUCCAACCCGGACAGUUACAACGGAGCCGUGAGGGAAAACUACAGCUGGUCCCAGGACUACACCGACGUGGAGGUCCGCGUGUUCGUCCCCAAGACGGUGGUGAAGGGCAGACAGGUCAGUGUUAGCCUGCAGAGCAGCGGCAUGCGAGUCAGCGUGAAGGACGGAGUGGAGGAGAGAACGCUGAUGGAGGGAGAGUUCAUGCACAAGAUCAACACCGAAGACUCUCUGUGGAGUUUGGAGCCUGGGAAGUGCGUGCUGCUUUCUCUCAACAAGACGUCCGAGGUCUGGUGGAACGCGGUGCUGAAAGGCGAAAAAGAGAUCGACAUCAACCAGAUCAACCGCGAGCGCUCCAUGGCAACGGUCGACGAGGAAGAGCACGCCGUCCUGGACAGGCUGACGUUCGACUAUCACCAGAAGCAGCAGGGGAAACCACAGAGUCACGAAAUGAAAGUGCAUGAGAUGCUGAAGAAGGGCUGGGACGCAGAGGGCUCACCUUUCAAAGGCCAGGAGUUCGACCCGUCCAUGUUUGACAUCCCGCCCAGCGCCGUGCAGUUCUGAGAGGCGGCCCAGACCGGGCCAAAGACGAAUCGACUCACUUUUAUCUACAGGACGCAUCGCAGGACGGUCAGACGGCGGACAUACAGGAUCAUCAAUUGAGAAGGGUGGACGGAGAAUAAUGACAGAGGCGCGUCCAGAUGGCAAACACCAGGUUGAUGUUUGGCAGAGUGAACGGCUUUCUUUGUUCGGUUAUUAUUUAUGGAGAUCCGUUGUGCCUAUUUCUUUGUUUUCUGGUUUGAUUUUGUGGAACCAGCUCCCCCUGUUGGUAAACAUCUGUACGACAGGUUUCCUGCUAGAGUCUCAACCAAAGUUUUGGGAGAUUCAACCCAGUCCUGCUGCAAAUAUCUGCUUUUAUCAGUGGAACCAAGGCUGGAAAAUGUCAUGGAGAUAAAGGUUUUUUUUUUUUCACCAAUUCAUUAAUUUCUGUCUAAUUUUAAAAGUCAAAGAAAGGCAAAGAGCUGCCAGCAACAUUACACUGACAGACAUUUGAGCAAAGGGGUGACCUGAUGGGAUGAUUGUUUGGGUUAGUGCUUUUCAAAUGAUUUGUUGAAUAAAAACAUGUUAAAUAUAUAUAUAUAAAAAAACUUAAACCUGACGUUUUAUUUUUUAGUUUUCAAUUUAAAAAAAUAGGAAAGAUUUUAAUGAAAUUUCCAAAGGUCACCAAAGAUCAGCCCUCAGCUAAUUAAUGAAAUCAAAUGAAAUGUAUAUAAAUCAUUAAUUGUUUGUGCUGCAUGAGAUUUUUGUGGCACAUUUGGUACCAAAUUUAUUUGAUUUUGUAAAUGUGUGGCUAGUGGUUUGUCGACAUUUGAUGACCUCUGUAAACAGAGCCGGCCAAAGGCAUCAGCAAGCUAAGCAGCCGCUUAGAGUCCAAGGGCCACUAAGGGAAUCAGUGGAAUUUUUUUUUUUUUGUAAUAAUUUCUAACAUUCUUAGUUGAAUGUUAGAGAACAUGAGUUGAUGUUCAGAUCAUCCAGACGUCCAAAGCUCCGGUCAGAAGUUAAGUUAGCAAAACAAUGUCUCUAAAAAAGACUUAUCCUUCAGGGAGAGAGAAGUGAGGGAGAAUAGAAAAAAGCCAAGAUAAAGUUUGUUUUAAUGUGCCUUGGUUAUGUAAUGUUUAUAAAAAAGAUUUGUGAAGCUGCUAAUAGAAAAUUAGAUUUAUAUCGACCUUCAACGGUUCAGUUCAACAGCCAAACAUUUAUGCUACAUCAUUUGUAUUUAUGUGAAACUGAGUUUAAACUUCAAAGGACUUGAUUCUCAUGGACGGCUCUGUAUAUUUCUGAGGUAUUUUUGGCUUCAAAACAAUAAGGUUUGAUAACAAUAAUUAAAACUUCUCAAUCUUU